UAGACGGUCCAGUUCACCACGCGAGACGCGCCGUGUAUCACGCGUACCACCCUGUAUGUCGCCGUCGUCCUGUCGAUCGCGAUAUAUCCUAUUAUUAACGACGACGUUGCGUCUCCGCUGUUUAUCCAUAUCGGAGGUGUGCAAACGAAUCUACAUUGUUUUAAACUAAUCCGAUUACUAUACGCUCGCGCAGUGCGAAGAAAACGAUGCGGUCAAACGCCACGCGACCCGGACCUACGAGGCCAGUGUGAUCGGAGACGCGUUUGUGGUUUUUUUCCCCUCCCCGUCGGUUUUGAGCUUCGCGUCUCGCGGUAACCCGAAACAGCCCUGUGCAAAAUGAAGGACUUCGCAAAGGCUUCCGGCGGCGUCCUCGUCGUUCUCUCGUACUUGUUGAUAACGGUCCUGGGCCCCGGAGCCCGAAGUGACGACCUCAACGAUCUGUCCGACAACGUCAGGUGCCCUUGGCUGUGCUCGUGCGACCAGACCACGGCUGAUUGUUCCAGAAAAGGUCUGGACGAAGUUCCCAAGAAUCUCCCGCACGACAUCGAAAGACUAGACUUGCAGGGAAACAAUAUUACGAUCAUAUCGUCCACUGACUUCGCCAACCUGACUAAUUUACGAGUCUUGCAAUUGUCGGACAAUCAGAUUCAUACGAUCGAAAAAGGAGCUUUCAAACAUCUUGGCCGAUUGGAGCGAUUGCGAUUAAACGGCAACGAGCUCACCGAGGUUCCCGAUUUGGCGUUCUCCGGCAACGCGCAACUCUCGAGGCUUGAUCUAAGCCGUAAUCGGUUGCUGUUCGUCGGGAAGAGCAUGUUGAAAGGCGCUCAAGCCUUAAGAACUUUGCUAAUGGACAGCAACCGUCUCCUGUGCAUUGACGAACAAGCCAUCAAAGGACUCAAAGACCUGGAAAUACUAACUCUGAACAACAACAAUUUGACUACAUUGCCCUCGGGACUAUUUUCCGACCUUUACCGUCUGCGAAAUGUCCGUCUGUCCGAAAACCGAUUCCACUGCGAUUGCAAGCUCGAAUGGCUAUACCAGCAGUGGUUACCUAGGAUUCCUAGACUCGGAUCGUCGACCCACUGUCACGGGCCGGCAAACAUGGCUGGUUUGUCAUUAGCCGAUAUGCACAAAUACCACAUGCAAUGCGACGGUGAUUUCGACGGAGAAACGGUGGAAUGUGGUCCUGGCAUCGAAGACCAAAAGUCCUCGUGCCCGCACCCGUGUUCGUGCGAGGAGGGGGGUAUCGUGAAUUGCAGGGAGAAGUCGUUGACCAAGGUGCCGACAAAACUGCCGGAGGACAUCGUAGAACUGAGACUGGAGCAAAAUCAAAUAACCGAAAUCCUACCCAAAGCAUUCGUUAAAUACAAACGUCUGCGGAGAAUCGACCUCAGCAAAAACCAGAUAACAAAAAUAUCAGUAGACGCCUUUCAAGGGCUCAAGUCAUUAACAUCUCUAAUGCUCUACGGCAACAAAAUCAAAGACUUGCCCGGUGGCGUGUUCCACGGUCUGACUUCAUUGCAACUAUUACUUCUGAACGCCAACGAAAUAUCGUGUAUUCGAAGAGACGCUUUCAGAGAUUUGCACAGCGUCAAUUUACUGUCACUGUACGAUAACAACAUCAAAUCGUUAGCCAAUGGAACGUUUGACUACAUGAGGAGCAUCCAAACACUGCAUUUGGGUAGAAAUCCAUUUAGCUGUGACUGUAACUUGCGUUGGUUAUCAGACUAUUUGCAUAAAAAUCCAAUAGAAACAUCCGCUGCUCGGUGUGAAUCGCCGAAAAAGUUACAAAAGCGAAGAAUAGAUGGCUUGAGCAAUGACAAAUUCAAGUGCUUAGACGAUAUGAAGUCGAAAUCCGGCGACUGUUUCUCGGACGUUCCGUGCCCGUCGAACUGUUCUUGCGACGGUACCGUGGUCGAUUGUUCUGGAAGAUUGUUAACUGAAAUACCCAAAGACAUACCGAUUUACACCACCGAACUAAUUUUGAACGAUAACGAAAUUGCAAAAAUCAAAUCCGAUGGACUCUUCGGCCGUCUGCCUCAUCUCCAGAAACUGGAAAUGAAAAGAAAUCUAAUCAGUAGCAUCGAAGCAAACGCCUUCGAAGGUGCCAUCAAACUAUAUGAACUAAACUUAUCGGAAAACAAGAUUCGUCAAGUGCACAACAAAAUGUUCAUCGGUCCUCACAAUCUAAAAAUUUUAACUUUGUUGAACAACGAGAUUACAUGCGUUAUGCCGGGAUCUUUCGAUUACCUACCAGCCCUCCGUACCCUUAACUUGCAAAUGAACCCUUUCAAUUGUAAUUGUCAUCUUGCUUGGUUUGCCGAAUGGCUGAAAAAACACGGGCUAAUAGCCGGAAGUCCCCGAUGUGCCGGGCCCGCUCGUGUUAUGGACGUUCCUAUUCACGAUUUGCCUUCGUACGAAUUCAAAUGCUCCGGUGACAACGAUCAGGGUUGUCUCGGUGAUAACUACUGUCCUCCUAAAUGCACGUGCAUUGGAACAGUGGUCCGGUGUACGAGAGCGAAACUAACCGAGAUACCCAAAAACGUUCCUGUCGAGACAUCUGAACUAUAUUUGGACGUAAAUGAAAUUACUUCGAUUAAAGUAGAUAGGCUGAAUCAUCUCAAAUCGCUCACCAGGCUAGAUUUAAGUAACAAUCAGUUAACAGUCUUGUCAAACAACACGUUCUCACAGUUAUCUAAGCUUUCCACUUUACUAUUAGGAUACAACAAAUUACAAUGCCUUGAAAAGAACUCGCUAUCUGGUCUGAAAUCGUUGAGAAUCAUUUCAUUGCAUGGAAAUAAUAUCUCAUUGAUUCCUGACGGUACAUUUUCGGGCCUAGAUUCGAUUACCCAUUUAGGUAUCGGUUCCAAUCCGUUGUACUGUGACUGCGGUCUACAGUGGUUGGCGGAAUGGAUUAAAAAAGAUUUCAUCGAGUCGGGUAUAGCUAGAUGCGCCGAACCUAUGUCCAUGAAAGACAAACUCCUACUAUCCACGCCGGUUUCUAGUUUCGUUUGCAAAGAGCCGAUCAGCAAAGAAAUCCUGUCCAAGUGCAACACUUGUUACACCAACCCUUGUUCGAACGAAGGGUUCUGCGAACCUUUGCCGGAAAGACAGUACAAGUGUAGAUGCAAUCCCGGCUAUCACGGUAAACAUUGCGAAAACAUGAUUGACGCGUGUUACGGUAAUCCGUGCAGAAACUCGGGGACUUGCAAACUACUCGAAGAAGGCAGAUUCAGUUGCCAAUGCGCACCUGGUUUUACCGGAGAUCGUUGCGAAACGAAUAUCGACGACUGUUUAACCAACAAAUGCGAAAACAACUCUACUUGUGUGGACUUGAUACAAGCUUACGAAUGUCGUUGCCUACCCGGUUACACGGGCGAUUAUUGUCAGACGAAAAUCCAUUUCUGUUCCAAAGAUUUCAAUCCGUGUCAUAACGGAGCCAAAUGCGUUGACCACACCACGCAUUACACUUGUGAAUGUCCACUAGGAUUUUCAGGUGACAAUUGCACGAUAAACAAUGAUGACUGUCAGAAUCACAUGUGCCAGAACGGCGGUCUGUGUGUGGACGGAAUCAACGACUAUUCGUGCAAAUGUAUCGGAGAAUACACCGGAAAGUUCUGUGACAUUUCCCCAAGCGUAGCGCUCAUGUACCCGCAGACUUCACCCUGCCAACAUCACGAAUGCAAAAACGGAAUAUGUUAUCAACCAAACGGUUCCACCAACGACUACUUAUGUAAAUGUGCUCCAGGGUACUCAGGCAAACGAUGUGAAUAUCUGACCAGCUUGAGUUUCGUACAUAAUACGUCGUUCGUUGAAUUAGAACCGCUGAGAACCAAACCCGAAGCCAACGUGACCGUUGUGUUUACGACGACCCAAGAAAAUGGAAUUUUGCUGUACGACGGUCAUUCGGAACACUUGGCCGUUGAAUUAUUCAACGGGCGUAUUAGGGUCAGUUACGACGUGGGCAAUUAUCCCGUUUCAACGAUGUAUAGUUUCGAGAUGGUCGCCGACGGCAAACAACACAUGGUCGAACUUUUGGCGAUCCGAAAAAAUUUCACUCUGAGGGUCGACGGGGGCAUGGCCAGGUCGAUCAUCAACGAAGGGUCCAGAGACUUCUUAAGGCUCACAUCACCGUUGUACAUCGGCGGCAUACCCUCGGAUCCUGGGGCCGAAGCCUUCAAUCACUUCCAUUUGAGAAACUUGACCAGUUUCAACGGGUGCAUGAAAGAGCUGUGGGUGAACCACAAGCUAGUGGACUUCAUGAACGCGGCACGUCAGCAAAAAGUCACGCCCGGGUGUUCGCUGCUCCAGGACGAAGAGCAGAUGGUGGAAGAAGAAGGGGUGAAGUCGCCGGACGUUGGGGAACCGGAGCAGAGUUCGACCAUGGUGGACGAGGAACAGAUGGAACCGCAAGAAGGUGUGAUGGAAGAGGACGAGGACGACGAGGAUGAGGACGAGGAAGAGGACGAGAACCCGUGCGCGAACAACCAGUGCCAUAAGGGCAGCAAGUGCGAGCCCAAAGGGAUCAGAGACUACGUGUGCAAGUGCCAGCCCGGUUGGUCGGGCAAGUACUGCACUCAAGGUCCCACGUGCAAGAAAGUGGCCGUGCGCGAGUACUACACGGAGAACAACUGCCGGUCGAGGAAGCCACUGAAAAUGGCCAAGUGCGAGGGCGGCUGCGGGACGAGCUGUUGCCGGGCGCGGAAGACCAAAAAGCGGAAGGUACGCCUGAUAUGCAACGACGGCACGCGUUACACCAAGGACAUCGAGAUCAUACGGAAGUGCGCGUGCGCCAAGAAAUGCUAUUGACUACCAGGCCCCUCCAUGGACAUGCCCCGACCUGUCGCACCUACACCGCCGCCAACGCCACUGCCGACACCAUCGCCGCCCACCCAAGUGAUCGUCGUACUGCCACACGUCUCCCGUGGAGCCGCUGAUGGUGCCCGUCGGCCGCGCGCUCGACCCGAUGGACGGCAGCAGCUCCGCGUCUGGACGGACGACUUGUUCUCGUACGUGACAGCGUACGCGGCCGUCUCCGUAGCCGUCGAGCUACUGAUCGUCGUCAUCUGGUCGAUCAGCGUUUGUAUAUAUCUUCUUCUGCCGUAACCACCCCUGCACCUUAGUAGUAUUAUCGUUAUCGUUAAUAUAGUCGAUUUCGUCGUCACUUAUCGCCCAACCCUAUUUUCAUAUUUCCAGCAAUUUUACAUUUUUUUUUUUUUACAUUUUUUUUCCUAUUUCAAUCCAUUUAUACAAUUAUUACUA